CGGCGGCGGCGGCGGCGGCGGCAUGGCCGUGUGGACCCGGGCUUGUAAAACGGGGCUGCUGGAGCUGCUCCUGCGGGAACGCUGGGUCCGCGUGUCGGCGGAACUGACCGGGGAAACGCUGAGCUUAACGGCGGAGCCGGGAACCGGCGAUCCGUCGGUGGUGAACGGCGUGGUGAACGGCAACGCGGAGGCGGCGGCACCCGGUGGCGUGAGGAGGGUGCGGGUGGUGAAAGCGGAGGCGGGAGGGCUCGGGAUCAGCAUUAAGGGAGGUCGGGAGAAUCGGAUGCCGGUGCUGAUCUCACGGAUCUUCCCGGGAUUGGCGGCGGAAAGGAGCGGGGCGCUCCGGUUAGGCGACGCCAUCCUCGCUGUUAACGGCGUCGAUCUCCGCGAUGCCACCCACGAUCAAGCUGUGCAGGCGCUGAAGAGAGCCGGGAGGGAGGUCAUCCUUGAAGUGAAGUUCAUGCGGGAGGUGACCCCCUACAUCAAGAAGCCGUCGCUGGUGUCAGACCUGCCGUGGGAGGGGGCGGCCCCGCAGUCCCCCAGCCUGAGUGGCAGCGAGGACUCGGGGUCCCCCCAGCACCAGGGCCCCCGUGACCGCAAGGUGAUCCCCCUCAAGAUGUGCUUCGCCGCCCGGAACCUCAGCAUGCCCGACCUGGAGAACAGGCUGAUCGAGCUGCACUCGCCGGACAGCCGGAACACGCUGGUGCUGCGGUGCCGGGACACGGCCACGGCCCACGCCUGGUUCAGUGCCCUGCACGCCAACAUCACCGCGCUGCUGCCACAGGUCCUGGCUGAGCUCAACGCCACGCUGGGCUCUGGCAGCCCCACGGCUGGCGGCCGGGAGGUGAAGCACAUCGCCUGGCUGGCCGAGCAGGUGCGCCUGGACGGCGGGCGGCAGCAGUGGCGGCCGGUGCUCAUGGCAGUGACAGAGAAGGACCUGCUGCUCUACGAUGGGAUGCCCUGGACCAGGGACGCCUGGGCCUCGCCCUGCCACAGCUACCCGCUGGUGGCCACCAGGCUGGUGCACUCGGGCUCCGGGCGCCGCUCGCCCGCGCUGGGCUCGGAGCUGACGUUCGCCACGCGGACGGGCUCUCGCCAGGGCGUGGAGAUGCACGUUUUCCGCGUGGAGACCCACCGGGACCUGUCCGCGUGGACGCGCGUCCUGGUGCAGGGCUGCCACGCCGCCGCCGAGCUGAUCAAGGAGGUGACCGUGGGCUGCACGCUGGGCGGGCAGGAGGUCCAGCUGUCCAUCCACUACGAGGGCGGGUUCACCAUCUCCCGGGACGAGCCAGGCGCCAGCGUCCUCUUCCGCUACCCCUACGAGCGGCUCAAGAUGUCUGCGGAUGACGGCAUCAGGAUGCUCUACCUGGAUUUCGGGGGCCCUGAGGGGGAGCUGGCGCUGGACCUGCACUCCUGCCCCAAGCCCAUCGUCUUUGUCCUGCACACCUUCCUCUCGGCCAAAGUCACCCGCAUGGGGCUGCUGGCAUAGGUGCCCCAGCCGCCUCGCCCUGUCACGGACCAGCUGGGGGUCACAGAGCCCCCCAACCUCUCCUGCCCCAUCGGUGCCUUGCUGGGGCUGGGAUUGCUGCCCUGGGAGCCGCCGGGAAUGCGGCAGCACGGCUGCGGGGGGUGAGCCCCUCCUGCCCCUCACCAGCACUCCCGGCCCCCCCCAGUGCCCCGGGGGUUGGGGUACACACACCAGCUUUAAUCCCCCCGGGGCUGAAGCCAUCGCUGAUCUCACCGCCUGUGCCUUGGAGCCUGGGGAACCCCUGGUGUCCCCAACUCCUGUCUAGGGGAGCCAGUGUCCCCCUGCCUUGGGGCUUCCCCCAAAGAGGUCACAUUGUCCCCACAUGGGAUGGGGCUGGGGCUGUGGGACCCCCCCCCAAUUGCUGCAUGACAGGGUCUCCACGCCCCACUCAGGGUGGGGGGACACAUUUGUCUUACAAGGGGCACUCAGGGGUGCAAAGGGGGGUCCUGGUCCCUGGGGCUUGACCUCCCCCCCAUGCCCCACUGCCCCCCAGGAGUGACCCCCAAAUCUCCCAAAGGCUGAACAAACGCCGUGUCUCUGCCCAGGGCUGGGGCUGCAGGGGACCCUCCCGGGGCCGCUCCUCCCCAGCCGCCGGGGGCUCCCCGGGGCAGGACACGUAGAUUGAUGCACUUUUCGCUUUUUGUACUUUCCCUCCCUCUGGGGGCAGCUCCCACACCCUGCGGGGCUGGGGGGCCCUGGAAGGGCCGCAGUGGGACCUCCAGGGCUCCCCCCUCCAGUGGGUCCCCAGUACCCCCCAGCCAAACUCCCGCACGGUUCUCUGCUUCUGGGGGGCUGUGCUGGCCAGGGGUGCUGUGGGGUCCUGUGGGGUGCUGGCUCGGGGUGCUGCCCCCCCUCCUUCUAUUUUUGUAUUCUUUGUAAAUCGCUAU